CCACCCAGAGGAGCAGAAGGUGUAUAUAAAAUGAAUUCCAUGGGGGGUUAUGGGUCUCUUCUGGAAGUGCCCUAGAUCGAAGUUCCAGGCAGAAGCAAAAAGUGGUUAUAGCAAAAGAAUCUGCAUACUUGGAGAGUCUGACCUCUUGGUUUUGCAGUGACCCAUGGAGCCUCCUGGUGAUGGAGUAAGAGGACGAGGAAGCUCUGAUGCCGAGAAUGAACCUGGCCUUCUUGCUGUAGUCCAGACUGUUCAGAAGAGCUACCAGUGCCUAGAAUGUGGGAAAAGCUUCAGAAGGGGCCCAAGCCUCUUGACACACCAGAGAAUCCACACAGGCGAGAGGCCCUAUCAGUGUCCAAAGUGUGGGAAAUGCUUUACUCAGCAAUCAAGCCUUACCAUUCACCUGAGAAUCCACACCGGGGAGACCCCUUACCCCUGUCCUCAGUGCGGGAGAUGCUUCCGGCAAAGCUCCAACCUCCUUAAACACAAGCAGCUCCAUGAGGGGGUGAGACCCCAUCUGUGCGCAGACUGUGGGAAAUGUUUCGCACAGCGCUCUAACCUUCUCAUUCAUCAGCGAAUUCACACCGGCGAGAUGCCCUAUCUGUGCUCCGACUGCGGCCAAACGUUCAGGCAGCAUCGAAGCCUGCUUGUCCACCAGAGGUUCCACAAGGGGCACCAGUCCUGCAGUUACAAUUGCCCAGAGUGUGGGAAAAGCUUCAUGCAGAGCUCUGACCUGGUGAAGCACCUGAGGGUCCACACGGGGGAGAUGCCUUACAGCUGCCUGCACUGUGGGAAGAAAUUCCGUUAUAUUUCCAACCUCAACAGGCACAAAAGAACCCACACAGGGGAGAAGCCUCAUGCUUGCCGGCAAUGCGGCGAAUGCUUUAGCCACUUGUCCAGCCGAAAUACCCACGAGAGGAUUCACACGGGAGAGAGGCCCUACGGUUGCGCCGAAUGUGGGAAGAUGUUUAUUUCCAGUUCAAAACUUGCGAGGCAUCUCAGAACCCACGCCAAGCAAAUGACCUACAUCUGCAAUAAGUGUGGGAAAAGCUUCUGUCAUCACUUGCACCUUAUGAGGCACCAGCGACUCCACAAGGCUUGGAACUCUCGCUCCAGAAGGAAAGAAAAAUGAAUGACAAGCCGGGCUUUGCAAAGCUGAUUUGACAGAUUCACCCAUUCUACCAGAUACUCCAAAGAAGAACCAUAGCAGACGACUUAUCUACUGUAUUCUUGUAAAGAGAUUCUGGAAGUCUUCGAGUCUCACUCUUCAGUACCACCCCAGAAGUUGCGAGAAACAAUUUCUAUAGCACAAAGACUUGGAUCCAGAGAGGAACUCAGUGAUGAGAAACACUUCUGGAGCUGCUGAACUAAAUCUGAACCAAAACCUGUCA